AUGGUGCUUGAAAGAUGGACUGCUUCUCCUCCUGUGGACUUUCUGAACACAAUGGAGAUUUGGAUCCGUAUUCGGAAUAUUCCGCAGAUUCACUUCACGUCGGAAACUAUGUAUAAGCUUGCCUCGGAGAUAGGUAAAGUAGAGGUGAUUGCCUAUGAUCCAAAAGUAUCCCAUACUAAAGAGUAUAUCAGGGCAAAGAUUACUUUCCAUGUGGAUAACCCAGCUAAAGCGGCGAGGAAGUUGGCGCUGAAAUCAGGUGGAACUGUCACCACUGAAUAUGAUUAUGAAAAGAUUCAUAAACGUUGCUUUCACUGUCUGAGGCUAACACAUGAGAAGAUCCAGUGUCCUUUACUCAGAAAGGGGCAGAUAAAGUCUAAUGGUGGGAGCUCGAGUUCUGCGAUUAUCCCUAAUAAAAUUCCUAGUCUGCCUGCGGUGAUCAACCAAGCGAGAGGUGAAGCGUUGGUGGCUCCACCGGGUUUUGCACCCCUGUUCCCUGAACUAUCCCCUACUGACCAGAAGAUGGCUAUGCUCUACAUAUCUCAUUCUGAUGAGACUGAGCGCAAUGCAAGGAUCCUGAGGGUGCGACAGGGCAUUGAGGACAAUGCAAGAGAAUCGUCCUCGCGACUAAUAAAGAUUACGAAUGAGAUUGAUAAAGGCAAGGGUCAUGUUUUCCACUUCCCUGAAAACAUCAACUAUCAGGGAGAUAGUAGUAAGCUUUUUCGUGCUGGUGCUCAGCUGCUGCUUGGAAGUAUUGAAGAUGAAGCUGAAUCAUCUGCUAAAGCUCCUGAUACCAUGUCGGCCCCUAUCCUUGGGUCGUCAGGUUUUCAGCUUGGCCCCUCUUCGGAGGGGCGUGCUUCCGGAAACUUAAGCUUGGGCAAAGCUCCAAGGAUCCGGCCUCCAUAUUGGAAGAGGAAAGCAAACUCCACGAAAAGGAACUCUGUCGCUGGGCCUGCCUUGAAAGAUCAAGAUCAGACGGCUACAAAUGGUUCGAAGAGGAAGCAGAGUGAGUCAGCUUCGGCCGUGGACAACAAAACUCCAAAGUACACAAAUUCUUCGGUGGCUUCCGUAUUGAAGCCGCUGCAGCCGCAAUGA